AUGGUGGGAGGGCUGGAGACUGCACAGCUUCGCCUGGUGGAUGGAGACAGUCGAUGUGCAGGCAGAGUGGAGAUUUUUUACCAGCAUUCCUGGGGCACUGUCUGUGACUACAGCUGGGACCUGAAUGAUGCCCAUGUGGUGUGUAGACAAAUGGGCUGUGGAGUGGCCCUAAAUGCUGUGCACGAGGCACUCUUUGGGGAAGGAUCAGGGCCCAUCUGGCUGCAUGACCUGAAGUGCACAGGCAAGGAGUCCCAUGUGUGGAAGUGCCCUUCUCUAGGCUGGGGACAAAACUACUGCACACACAAGUUGGAUGCAGGUGUCAUCUGCUCAGGAUUUGUGCGUUUGGAUGGAGGAGGUGGACCCUGCUCUGGACGAGUGGAAGUGAAUUCUGGAGGAGAGUGGAUACCUCUAUCUGAUGGGAAUUUCACCUUUCAGAUGGCCCAGAUCAUUUGUGAAGAGCUGGGGUGUGGCAAGGCUGCAUCUGUCCUAGGGAACCUCCCAUUCAGAGAGCCUGAUGAACUGGUCUGGGCUGAAGAGUUCCAAUGUGAGGGGCAGGAGCCUGAGCUCUGGUUCUGCCCCAGAGUACCCUGUCCUAGAGGAGGCUGCCCACACAGAGGGGCUGUGCAAGUUGUCUGCUCAGGAUAUACAGAUAUUCGGCUCAUGAAAAAUGGCAGCUCUCGGUGUGAAGGUCAAGUGGAGAUUAAGACCUAUGGAGGCUGGAGAACACUCUGUGCCUCCAACUGGAAUAUGGUCAAUGCCAAUGUUGUCUGCCGUCAACUGAGCUGUGGGGUUGCCAUCUCCAUUCCAAAAGGAGAGUACUUUGUGGAAGGAGAAGAUGAGAUCUGGAGACAACGAUUCCACUGCUCAGGGUCUGAGUCCUUCCUGUGGAAUUGUCCUGUGUCUUCCCUGGGUGUUCCUGCCUGUGCCCAUGGAAACACAGCCUCUGUGGUCUGCUCAGGAAACCAGACCCAACUGUUGCCCCAGUGCAAUGACUCCUGGUCUGACCCAGCAGGCUCUACAGCCUCAGAGGGCCACACUGCCAACUGCUCAGACAGCAGACAGCUCCGCCUGGUGGACGGGGGCAGUCGCUGUGCAGGGAGAGUGGAGAUCCUGCAGCAGGGCUCCUGGGGCUCCAUCUGUGAUGACAGCUGGGACCUGAAUGAUGCCCAUGUGGUGUGCAGACAGCUGGGCUGUGGAGUGGCCCUGGAGGCCACCAUCUCUGCUCACUUUGGAGAGGGAUCAGGACCCAUCUGGCUGGAUGAGGUGAACUGCACAGGAGAGGAGGUCCAUGUGUGGCAGUGCCCUUCCCAGGGCUGGGGGCACAACAACUGCAGUCACAAGGAGGAUGCAGGGGUCAUCUGCUCAGAGUUUCUGGCCCUCAGGUUGGUGAGCGAGGACCAGGAGUGUGCCGGGUGGCUGGAGGUUUUCUACAACCAGACCUGGGGCAGUGUCUGCCACAGUCCCAUGGAUGCUAUGACCUUGUCCAUUAUUUGCAGACAGCUUGGCUGUGGGAACACUGGGACUCUGGAUUUCUUGAUUCCUUCCAGAGAAGGUGCUAGACCCCACUGGGUAAAUGGAAUCCACUGUCGGGAAACUGAUAUCUCUCUCUGGCAGUGUCCUUCUGACCCCUGGAAACACCUGUCUUGCUCUGCAAAGGAGGAAGCUCAUAUUACAUGUACAGAGAGCCCACAGCUCCGCCUGGUGGAUGGUGGCAGUCGGUGUACAAGCAGAGUGGAGAUCCUUCACCAGCAUUCCUGGGGCACUGUCUGUCAUAACAACUGGGGCUUGAAAGAUGCAGAUGUGGUGUGCAGACAAAUGGGCUGUGGAAUGGCCUUCAAUGCCUUGCUCUAUGCACAAUUUGGAGAGGGAUCUGGGCCCAUCUGGUUGACAGACCUGGCAUGCACAGGAGAGGAGGAUUACCUGUGGAAGUGUCCUAUCCUGAGCCAGGGAGAGAACAACUGCAGGCACUCUAAAGAUGCAGGAGUCAUCUGUUCAGGAUUUGUGCAUCUGAUUGGAGGACAUGGACCUUGCUCCGGGCGAGUGGAAGUGAAUUCUGGAGGAGAGUGGAUUCCAGUAUCUGAUGGGAAUUUCACAUUACCCACAGCCCAGGUCAUCUGUGCAGAGCUGGGGUGUGGCAAGGCUACAUUUGUCCUGGGGAACCUGCCCUUCAGAGAGCCUGGUGAACAGGUCUGGGCUGAAGAGUUCCAGUGUACGGGACAGGAACCUGGGCUCUGGUUUUGCCCCAGAGUGCCCUGUCCUGGAGGCAGCUGCCUACACAGAGGGGCUGUGCAAGUUGUCUGCUCAGGAUAUACAGAUGUUCGGCUCAUGAAAAAUGGGAGCUCUCAGUGUGAGGGUCAAGUGGAGAUGAAGACCUCUGGAGGCUGGAGAACACUCUGUGCCUCCAACUGGAAUAUGGCCAAUGCCAAUGUAGUUUGCCGUCAGCUGGGCUGUGGAGUCGCCAUCUCCACCCCAAAGGGAGCAUACUUUGUGGAAGGAGGAGAUGAGAUCUGGAGAGACCAAUUCCACUGCUCAGGGUCUGAGUCCUUCCUGUGGAAUUGCCCUGUGACUGCCCUGGGUGUUCCUGCCUGUGCCCAUGGAAACACAGCCUCUGUGGUCUGUUCAGGAAACCAGACCCAGCUGCUGACCCAGUGUAAGAACUCCUGGUCAGACCCAGCAGACUCUGCAGCCUCAGAGGACCACACUGCCAACUGCUCAGACAGCAGACAGCUCCGCCUGGUGGACGGGGGCAGUCACUGCGCAGGGAGAGUGGAGAUCCUGCAGCAGGGCUCCUGGGGCUCUAUCUGUGAUGACAGCUGGGACCUGAAUAAUGCAGAUGUGGUGUGCAGACAGCUGGGCUGUGGAGUAGCCCUGAAGGUCACCGUCUCUGCUCACUUUGGAGAGGGAUCAGGGCCUAUCUGGCUGGAUGAGCUGAACUGCACAGGAGAGGAGGCCCAUGUGUGGCAGUGCCCUUCCCAGGGCUGGGGGCAGCACAACUGCAGUCACAAGGAGGAUGCUGGGGUCAUCUGCUCAGAGUUCCUGGACCUCAGGCUGGUGAGCGAGGACCAGGAGUGUGCUGGGUGGCUGGAAGUUUUCUACAACAACACCUGGGGCAGCAUCUGCAACAGCCCUAUGGAACCCAUGACUUUGUCCAUGAUCUGUAGACAGCUUGGCUGUGGGGACACUGGGACCCUAGAUUUCUUGGUUCCUCCCAGGGAAGGUUCUAGACCCCGCUGGGUGGAUAAAAUCCACUGUCGGGAAACUGAUACCUCUCUCUAGCAGUGUCCUUCUGACUCCUGGAAACACCAAUCUUGCUCUGCAAAGGAGGAAGCUCAUAUCACAUGUACAGGUGACCUACUGUCUAUUUCUGAUAUGGCAGCAACCUGUACUGAGACUCCACAGGUCCGCCUGGUGAAUGGUGGCAGUCGCUGUGCAGGCAGAGUGGAGAUCCUUUACCAGUAUACCUGGGGCACUGUCUGUGGAGACGGCUGGGACCUGAAUGAUGCCCACGUGGUGUGCAGACAAAUGGGCUGUGGAAUGGCCCUCGAUGCCAUGAACUAUUCACAAUUUGGGAAGGGAUUAGGACCCAUCUGGCUGGAUGAACUGAAGUGCACAGGAGAGGAGGACCAAGUGUGGCAGUGCCCUUCUCUAGGCUGGGGACAUCAUUACUGCACACACAAGUGGGAUGUAGGUGUCAUCUGCUCAGGAUUUGUGCGUUUGGAUGGAGGAGGUGGACCCUGCUCUGGGCGAGUGGAAGUGAAUUCUGGAGGAGGAUGGACUCCAGUACCUUAUGGGAAUUUCACAUUACCCACUGCCCAGGUCAUCUGUGCAGAGCUGGGGUGUGGCAAGGCAGCAUCUUUUCUCUUGGACCUGCCCCUCAGAGAGGCCAAUGAACAGGUCUGGGCUGAAGAGUUCCAGUGUAAGGGAUGGGAGCCUGAGCUCUGGUUCUGUCCCAGAGUGCCCUGUCCUGCAGGCAGCUGCCAACACAGAGGGGCUGUGCAAGUUCUCUGCUCAGAAUACACAGAAGUCAGGCUCAUGAAAAAUGGCAGCUCUCAGUGUGAGGGUCAAGUGGAGAUGAAGAACUCUGGAGGCUGGAGAACACUCUGUGCCUCCCACUGGAAUAUGGCCAAUGCCAAUGUUGUUUGCCAUCAGCUGGGCUGUGGGGUUGCCAUCUCCACCCCAAAGGGAGCAUACUUUGUGGAAGGAGGAGAUGAGAUCUGGAGAGACCAAUUCCACUGCUCAGGGUCUGAGUCCUUCCUGUGGAAUUGUCCUGUGACUGCCCUGGGUGUUCCUGCCUGUGCCCAUGGAAACACAGCCUCUAUGGUCUGUUCAGGUAGCCAGAUCCAGCUGCUGCCCCAGUGCAAUAACUCCUGGUCUGACCCAGAAGGCUCUGUAGACACAGAAGGGCACACUCUCAACUGCUCAGACAGAAGACAGCUCCGCCUGGUGGAUGGGGGCAGUCGCUGUGCAGGGAGAGUGGAGAUCCUGCAGCAGGGCUCUUGGGGCUCCAUCUGUGAUGACAGCUGGGACCUGAGUGAUGCUCAUGUGGUGUGCAGACAGCUGGGCUGUGGAGUGGCCCUGGAGGACACCAUCUCUGCUCACUUUGGAGAGGGAUCAGGGCCCAUCUGGCUGGAUGAGCUGAAUUGUACAGGAGAGGAGACUCAUGUGUGGCAAUGCCCUUCCCAGGGCUGGGGGCAGCACAACUGCAGACAUAAGGAAGACGCUGGGGUCAUCUGCUCAGAGUUCCUGGCCCUCAGGUUGGUGAGCGAGGACCAGGAGUGUGCUGGGUGGCUGGAGGUUUUCUACAACAACACCUGGGGCAGUGUCUGCCACAGCCCCAUGGAAGCUGUGACCUUGUCUGUGAUCUGCAGACAGCUUGGCUGUGGGAACAGUGGGAUUCUCAACUCUUCUGUUCCUCUCAGAGAAGGUUCUAGGCCUCGUUGGGUGGAUGGAAUCCAGUGUAGGAAAACGGACACCUCUCUCUGGCAGUGUCCUUCUGUCCCCUGGAAAUGGAGAUCUUGCUCUGCAAAGGAGGAAGCUUAUAUCAUGUGUUCAGACACUCUACAGCUCCGCCUGGUGGACGGGGGCAGUCGCUGUGAAGGCAGAGUGGAGAUUCUCCAUCAGCAUUCCUGGGGCACUGUCUGUGACUACAGCUGGGACCUGAACGAUGCCAAUGUGGUGUGCAGACAAAUGGGCUGUGGUGAGGCCCUCAAUGCCAUGCAUGAGGCAUUCUUUGGGGAGGGAUCAGGGCCCAUCUGGCUGGAUGACGUGAAGUGCACAGGCGAGGAGUCCCAUGUGUGGAAGUGCCCUUCUCUAGGCUGGGGGCAACACUACUGCACACACAAGUUGGAUGCAGGAGUCAUCUGCUCAGGAUUUGUGCGUUUGGAUGGAGGAGGUGGAACUUGCUCUGGGCGAGUGGAAGUGAAUUCUGGAGAAGGAUGGAUUCCAGUAUCUGAUGGGAAUUUCACAUCACCCACAGCCCAGGUCAUCUGUGCAGAGCUGGGGUGUGGCAAGUUUGCAUCUGUCCUAGGGAACCUACCCUUCAGAGAGGAUAGUGAACAGAUCUGGGCUGAAGAGUUCCAGUGUGAGGGGCAGGAGCCUGGCCUCUGGUUCUGCCCCAGAGUGCCCUGUCCUGCAGGCAGCUGCCCUCACAGAGGGACUGUGCAAGUUGUCUGCUCAGGAUAUACAGAUGUUCGGCUCAUGAAAAAUGGCAGCUCUCAGUGUGAGGGUCAAGUGGAGAUGAAGACCUCUGGAGGCUGGAGAACACUCUGUGCCUCCCACUGGAAUAUGGCCAAUGCCAAUGUAGUUUUCCGUCAGCUGGGCUGUGGAGUCGCCAUCUCCACCCCAAAGGGAGAGUAUUUUGUGGAAGGAGGAGAUGAGAUCUGGAGAGACAGAUUCCACUGCUCAGGGUCUGAGUCCUUCUUGUGGAAUUGCCCUGUGACUGCACUGGGUAUUCCUUCCUGUGCCCAUGGAAACACAGCCUCUGUGGUCUGCUCAGGAAACCAGACCCAGUUGCUGCCCCAGUAUAAUGACUCCUGGUCUGACCCAGCAGGCUCUGCAACCUCAGAGGGCCAAAUUGCCAACUGCUUAGACAGCAGACAGCUCCGCCUGGUGGACGGGGGCAGUCCCUGUGCAGGGAGAGUGGAGAUCCUGCAGCAGGGCUCCUGGGGCUCCAUCUGUGAUGACAGCUGGGACCUGAGUGAUGCCCAUGUGGUGUGCAGACAGCUGGUCUGUGGAGUGUCCCUGGAGGCCACCAUCUCUGCUCACUUUGGAGAGGGAUCAGGGCCCUUCUGGCUGGAUGAGCUGAACUGCACAGGAGAGGAGGCCCAUGUGUGGCAGUGCCCUUCCCAGGGCUGGGGGCAACACAACUGCAGUCACAAGGAGGAUGCUGGGGUCAUCUGCUCAGAGUUCCUGGCCCUCAGGCUGGUGAGCCACGACCAAGAGUGUGCUGGGUGGCUGGAGGUUUUCUACAACAACACCUGGGGCAGUGUCUGCCACAGCCCCAUGGAACCCAUGACUUUGUCCGUGAUCUGCAGACAGCUUGGCUGUGGGGAAACUGGGACUCUAGAUUUCUUUAUUCCUUCCAGGGAAGGUUCUAGACCUUCCUGGGUGGAUGGAAUUCACUGUCAAAAAACUGACACCUCUCUCUGGCAGUGUCCUUCUGACCCCUGGAAACACCAAUCUUGCUCUGCAAAGGAGGAAGCUCAUAUCACAUGUACAGAGAGCCCAAAGCUCCGCCUGGUGGAUGGUGGCAGUCGCUGUGCAGGCAGAGUGGAAAUCCUUCACCAGCAUUCCUGGGGCACUGUCUGUGGUGACAGCUGGGACCUGAAAGAUGCCCAUGUGGUGUGCAGACAACUAGGCUGUGGAGUGGCCUUCAAUGCCUUGCUAUAUGCACAAUUUGGAAAGGGAUCGGGGCCCAUCUGGCUGACAGAGCUGGCGUGCACAGGAGAGGAAGCCUACUUGUGGAAUUGCACUGCCCUGGGCUGGGGAAAGAACAACUGUGGGCACUCUAAAGAUGCAGGAGUCAUCUGCUCAGGAUUUGUGCAUCUGGUUGGAGGACACGGAUCUUGCUCUGGGCGAGUGGAAGUGAAUUCUGGAGGAGACUGGAUUCCAGUAUCUGAUGGGAAUUUCACAUUACCCACAGCCCAGGUCAUCUGUGCAGAGCUGGGGUGUGGCAAGGCUGCAUCUGUCCUGGGGAAACUGCCCUUCAGAGAGGACAGUGAACAGAUCUGGGCUGAAGAAUUACAGUGUGAGGGGCAGGAGCCUGGCCUCUGGUUCUGCCCCAGAGUGCCCUGUCCUGCAGGCAGCUGCCCCCACAAAGGAGCUGUGCAAGUUGUCUGCUCAGGAUAUACAGAUGUUCGGCUCAUGAAAAAUGGCAGCUCUCAGUGUGAGGGUCAAGUGGAGAUGAAGACCUCUGGAGGCUGGAGAACACUCUGUGCCUCCCACUGGAAUAUGGCCAAUGCCAAUGUUGUUUGCCAUCAGCUGGGCUGUGGAGUUGCCAUCUCCACCCCAAAGGGAGAGUACUUUGUGGAAGGAGGAGAUGAGAUCUGGAGAGACAGAUUCCACUGCUCAGGGUCUGAGUCCUUCUUGUGGAAUUGCCCUGUGACUGCCCUGGGUGUUCCUGCCUGUGCCCAUGGCAAUACGGCCUCUGUGGUCUGCUCAGGAAGCCAGACCCAGAUGCUACCGCAGUGCAAUGACUCCUGGUCAGACCCAGCAGGCUCUGCAGCCUCAGAGGGCCAAAUUGCCAAUUGCUCAGACAGCAGACAGCUCCGCCUGGUGGACGGGGGAAGUCACUGCGCAGGGAGAGUGGAGAUCCUGCAGCAGGGUUCCUGGGGCUCCAUCUGUGAUGACAGCUGGGAACUGAGUGAUGCCCAUGUGGUGUGCAGACAGCUGGGCUGUGGUGUGGCCUUGGAGGCCACCAUCUCUGCUCACUUUGGAGAGGGAUCAGGGCCCAUCUGGCUGGAUGAGCUGAACUGCACAGGAGAGGAGGCCUACCUGUGGCAGUGCCCUUCCCAGAGCUGGGGGCAGCAAAACUGCAGUCACAAGAAGGAUGCAGGGGUCAUCUGCUCAGACUUCCUGGCUCUCAGGUUGGUGAGUGAGGACCAGGAGUGUGCUGGGUGGCUGGAGGUUUUCUACAACAACACCUGGGGCAGCAUCUUCCACAGCCCAAUGGAAGCUGUGACCUUGUCCGUGAUCUGCAGACAACUUGGCUGUGGGGAUACUGGGACUCUGGAUUUCUUGGUUCCUUCCAGGGAAGGUUCUAGACCCCGCUGGGUGGAUGGAAUUCGCUGUCGAAAAACUGACACAUCUCUCUGGCAGUGUCCUUCCGACCCCUGGAAACAUCAAUCUUGCUCACCAAAUGAGGAAGCUCAUAUCACAUGCACAGAGAGCCCACAGCUCUGCCUGGUGGAUGGUGGCAGUCGUUGUGCAGGCAGAGUGGAGAUCAUUCACCAGCAUUCCUGGGGCACUGUCUGUGGUGACAGCUGGGACCUGAAUGAUGCCCACGUGGUGUGCAGACAACUGGGCUGUGGAGUAGCCUUCAAUGCCUUGUUCUAUGCACACUUUGGAGAGGGAUCUGGACCCAUCUGGCUGACAAAGCUGGUGUGCACAGGAAAGGAGGACUACUUGUGGAAUUGCCCUGCCCUGGGCUUGGGAAAGAACAACUGUGGGCACUAUAAUGAUGCAGGAGUCAUCUGCUCAGGAUUUGUGCAUCUGGUUGGAGGACACGGAUCUUGCUCUGGGCGAGUGGAAGUGAAUUCUGGAGGAGACUGGAUUCCAGUAUCUGAUGGGAAUUUCACAUUAGCCACAGCCCAGGUCAUCUGUGCAGAGCUGAGUUGUGGCAAGGCUGCAUUUGUCUUGGGGAACCUUCCCUUCAGAGAGGACGGUGAAGAGGUCUGGGAUGAAGAGUUCCAGUGUGAGGGGCAGGAGCCUGGCCUCUGGUUCUGCCCCAGAGUGCCCUGUCCUGGAGGUAGCUGCCCACACAGAGGGGCUGUGCAAGUUGUUUGCUCAGGAUAUACAGAUGUUCGGCUCAUGAAAAAUGGCAGCUCUCAGUGUGAGGGUCAAGUGGAGAUGAAGACCUCUGGAGGCUGGAGAACACUCUGUGCCUCCCACUGGAAUAUGGCCAAUGCCAAUGUUGUUUGCCAUCAGCUGGGCUGUGGAGUUGCCAUCUCCACCCCAAAGGGAGAGUACUUUGUGGAAGGAGGAGAUGAGAUCUGGAGAGACAGAUUCCACUGCUCAGGGUCUGAGUCCUUCUUGUGGAAUUGUCCUGUGACUGCCCUGGGGGUUCCUGCCUGUGCUCAUGGAAACACAGCCUCUGUGGUCUGCUCAGGAAACCAGGCCCAGCUGCUGUCCCAGUGCAAUGACUCCUGGUCUGAUCCAGCAGGCUCUGCAGCCUCAGAGGGCCACACUGCCAAGUGCUUAGACAGCAGACAGCUCCGCCUGGUGGAUGGGGAAAGUCACUGUGCAGGGAGAGUGGAGAUCCUGCAGCAGGGCUCCUGGGGCUCCAUCUGUGAUGACAGCUGGGACCUGAGUGAUGCCCAUGUGGUGUGCAGACAGCUGGGCUGUGGAGUGGCCCUGGAGGCUUCCAUCUCUGCUCACUUUGGAGAGGGAUCAGGGCCUAUCUGGCUGGAUGAAGUGAACUGCACAGGAGAGGAGGCCCACUUGUGGCAGUGCCCUUCCCAGUGUUGGGGGCAGCACAACUGCAGUCACAAAAAGGAUGCUGGGGUCAUCUGCUCAGAGUUCCUGGCUCUCAGGCUGGUGAGUGAGGACCAGAAGUGUGCUGGGUGGCUGGAGAUUUUCUACAACAACACUUGGGGCAGUGUCUGCCACAGCCCUAUGGAUACCAUGACCUUGUCCAUAAUCUGCAGACAGCUUGGCUGUGGAGACACUGGGAUUCUGGAUUUCUUGGUUCCUCCCAGGGAAGGUUCUAGACCCCACUGGGUAGAUGGAAUCCACUGUCGAGAAAUUGAUAGCUCUCUCUGGCAGUGUCCUUCUGACCCCUGGAAACACCAAUCUUGCUCUGCAAAGGAGGAAGCUCAUAUCACAUGUACAGGUGACCUACUGUCUAUUUUUAUGUGUUUGUCCUAUGCCUGCAGGUUGUUGUUAGAAAAGUUUUAUACAUUCAAAUAUAAUGGAUAA